AUGGUGGCCCCAAAAAAGAGCCGUCUGUUGGCCACAGCCUUUCCAUAUCUCCAGAUAUUUUCCGUGUUUUCCCUUACGCCACCGCCCCAAAGUUUUGACCACACCUCACCUCACAAGCGUCUCAGAUGGUAUUUGAUGGCUGGAUUUGUCUGCUAUGCAGCCGGGAUCCUUGUGAUGGUCCUGUUUGUAUCGUACGUAAACAUUAUAGCCAUUCACAAGGAGAUAUUGGAUUACCAUGUGGCAGACUUUACCAGUGUCAUGGGUAAUAUUCAAAAGGGCCUAUAUUCCGUAAUGGCCAUUGCCAAUCAACUGAAUAUGGUGUUUAACUAUCGCCGACUUGGGCGAAUCUACGAAGAUGUAGCCAGUUUGGAAUGGGAUAUAGAUGAGGCUUCUCAAUGUUUUGGGGGUCAAAAGCAGCGCUAUAGUUUCCGCUUCCGUUUGGCCUUCAGUGUGGGCGUGUGGUUCAUCCUCCUACUGAUUUUGGUGCCCAAGUUCACUCUACUAUCCUUGGGUAUCUAUAUCAGCUGGACCUGUAAGAUUAUCACCGAGUUUGUCAUCGUAAUGCAGCAGCUCAAGAGUGUGGAGUAUUGUGUAUUCGUUCAAAUGAUUCACGAAUUGGUGCUAAGAUUGCGGCAUACACUUCUUAAGCUGCAGGAGGACUUGGAGGUCUGCGAGCAACAGGAUAUGCUACAAGCUCUAUGUGUUGCCCUCAAACGCAACCAACUGCUUUUGGGACGCCUUUGGAGGCUUCAGUGCGAAGUGGCCAGCUACUUUAGUCUGCCCAUGAUGUUGCUUUUUCUUUAUAAUGGUCUUACUAUCCUUCAUAUGGUCAACUGGGCCUAUAUCAAUACGUUCCUCGACAACGAUUGCUGCCGAUAUGAUCGUUUCUUUAUUUGCUGUUUUCUGUUAAUUAACCUUCUUAUGCCUUGCCUUCUAAGUCAGCGAUGUAUCAAUGCUUACAACUGCUUUCCCCGAAUCCUUCAUAAAAUUCGUUGCCUGUCUGCAGCCUCUGAUUUUCCCAUAUUAACCAGAGGAUUAAGGGAAUAUUCCUUGCAGAUGCAACACCUGAAGCUUUUAUUCACCUGCGGCGGAUUGUUCGACAUCAAUUUGAAAUACUUUGGCGGGAUGCUUGUCACCAUAAUGGGAUAUAUAAUAAUACUCAUACAAUUUAAAAUCCAGGCAAUUGCUGAGAAUAAAUACAAGUCGAGUCUCAAUAUCAGCGUUUAA